AGUCCGUUCCAGCAGGUUUCCGAUUUGGCCGAUUCCGAUUCUAGCCGUUUCACCCAGUUCGACCCGGAACAACAACAAUCCACUGAAAUGGCCGAUGCAUGCGAGGUAUGUGGCCUGAACGAGUUCACAGCGGAAGCCGGGUUCUUCUACUGCGUCGAAUGUGGCACCAAGUCCCAACGGGGCCAGGAAAUGGUCGACGAUUUCCACGAGGGUGCGGACCAGGGCCCGAAGGUUAAGAUCACGGCCAAGCCUAAGAAGAAACUGAAUCGGAUCACGAGCUGGGAGCAGGCCAACUACAUCCUGUUGGGCUACACGGAUCUGCUGGGAACGCUCGGGGCGGGAGCGAGCUUUAAGAUGACCGUGCUGCAGCUGUGGACCACCUACCUGCGCCGGAUGGAGAUUGCCUUCUUCGACAAGGAGGCGCCGGAGUUGCCUCGACUCCCGGUGUUUUACCAUAAGGCGGACGCCGCGAUCAUCUACAACCGCAAACGUGCCCCGUCCGUCCGCAGCAGUGGUGCUAGCAGCGCCAGUUCACGUCGUACGCGUACGUCGUUGUCUACGGUGCGCAGCAGCCACACCGUUUCGCGCCAGCUCAGACAAGAGCAGCGGGAUCUGCUGACGGCAGAGCACGAUUCGUUUUUGGCAAGCCAACGGUCGGACGUGAACCGGUCGUUGCACGAGCUGUCGAUUCGGUCGCUGAACGCGAGUAGAUCCGGCGCGGACACGGACGAAGAGGAGCGAGGUAAGCCGAAGAGAAUUCGAUACUCGCGGGUGGCGAGGAAACACAUGAAGAGGAAGAUUGGGGUGCAGAAAGAGCACAUUGAUAAGCAUGAGAAUGAUUUGGAUGGGGAGAUGACUUGUUGCAGUACGAAGGAGUUGCUUUUGCCCAAUGGACGCAAGAUGUUGUUGGAGGGUAGGAGUGGUAAACCGCAGUCAUUGACGCGAUCGCUGCUGGUGUCGAUGUUAGGUUUGGCGUUGAAUGUCGAUCGGAGUCAGCUGCAGUUGGCAGAUUUGGUGCGGUUGAAUCGGGAGGAGCACAUCCCGCACGCGAAUCUGAUGCAAUAUUUGCCGGAUGAGUUGGACCCGGACUGUUACACAGAAACCAUAAGGCGACUGCAGGCUUCAGCCGUGGGCAGUCAUAUCGAGUUGCGUGAGACUACAGCGGAUUUGUCCAUGUUUAUGAAGGUUGAAAUCGUUUCUCCUGAUUGGCAUGCGCUGUGCAAGCGCUACUUGGCGGAGUUGUGUCUGCCGGCGGACCUGAUGAUCUACAUUGAUCGACUGUUGGCGGUUUUUCCUCCGCAGCUUAAGUUUAACGAAACAAAGAAGAUUCCGAAUUACGAGGGCCGAGCUAUGGCCAUAAUCAUUUUCGUGUUAAAGCUACUGUUUGGACUUAACGACUCUACCGAAAAAAGCAUUUCCAAGUCGGCAGCAAAGCUAAACCGGCGGCUCACCGCACUCGGCACUUACAAGCCGUUGUUUGUUUUCACCGAGUGGGCUCGGUACAUCGAGAUGCGCAAAAUAAUCCUCAGCCAGGUAAACCAUCCCAUCAACAGGCAGGUCGCUUCGGAGUCCGGAAUUAGUCCGGAUCCGACGCUGUUCAUCGACAGCAAUUUACGCAAGAAACGCAACGUUGAUUCGUUCAUGGUAAACAAGAGAAUCGCAAGUGCCGCAGUGAUUAAUCUGAAACAGGUCGUCACGCAGGUUGUGGACACAAACCAUCGGCAAGCAGGAACAAACCGCACCGACGUACGCUCCAGCAUCGACUUUGAAGCUAGUCUGACGCCUUUCAAGUCCUACCUGGAAACAUUCCUGCUUGCCUACGCCAAAGUCUCCCCCGUGCACGUGCCAGAGUUUAUGUAUGUCGACCAUUCCGAUCGCACCGUAAUUCCCUUCAUCGAACCAGCCAACUUCCGCGAGCAGCUGACGAAGCAUCACCAGAUUCGUCUCAUCAUCAAGCGGGCCAAAUCGGGUCGUGACAAGUUCCACUAUCAAGAAAAUCCUCCCAACAAUCCGGAGCGUAAGAAAUGGCAUAACAACGUUUCAAAGGUCACUAUCAUCCCGGAAGACCCAAACUGGACGCUGAAACGGAUCCCUCCACCCUUGCGAACCCACGAAGAAAUGCUCGCCAAAAUCAUCAUCGAAAACAGCGUCGAAGCGGAACAAACCCGCCUCGUCGCUCCGCCCCAAGCCAGAAUACCCGACGAAACGUCCUUCCUCUCGGAGUCGCUCUUCUCCUCGCAAACAUCCGGCGGUUCCACCGGGUCGUCCCCGUCGAAACCCUUCUCCUCGUUGACGCUGCUCUGUCCCAACUACGAGUGCUGGCUGCGGCAGUACUCGGAAACCGAAGCGACCCAGGCGUCCUUUGACAAGCAGGUUGCGCACAUGCUGCCCGAGAGCUUCCGGCUGGUGCUCGGCGAGUGUGCCCGCGUGGUUGAGAACAACACGCAUACGCUGUUUGUGGAGCUUCUUCGGGUGGAGAACUACUUUUGCUACGCGGUCGAACCCGUCGAGCGGUGGUUCUUUACCGAGAUGGGGGGUGAGGAGGGGGAGGAGCAUGAGGUUAAGGUGCAGUUUAGGACGCAGUUCAGAUCGAAAUUGGGGGAAAAGUUCGUGGAGGAUGUCAUUCGGGCUUACUAGCUGGGGUUGAGUAACUGUUGUUUUUAC